AUGGCGGCUUCUUUGGAGUCCUCUGGGGAGGAUCCGCUGCGGAACUUUGUGCGAGUUUUGGAGAAGCGAGAUGGCACGGUGUUAAGACUGCAGCAGUAUGGCUCCGGUGGCGUGGGCUGCGUUGUUUGGGACGCCGCCAUUGUCCUUUCUAAAUACCUGGAAACGCCCGGAUUUUCCGGCGAUGGGGCCCACGCGCUGAGCCGGCGGUCAGUGCUAGAGCUGGGCUCAGGCACCGGGGCUGUGGGGCUCAUGGCCGCUACCCUCGGGGCAGAUGUCAUAGUCACCGAUCUUGAGGAAUUGCAAGACUUGCUGAAGAUGAAUAUUAAUAUGAACAAGCAUCUUGUCACUGGUUCUGUUCAAGCCAAGGUACUGAAAUGGGGGGAAGAAUUAGAAGACUUUCCUUCUCCGCCAGACUAUAUACUGAUGGCUGACUGCAUAUACUACGAAGAGUCUUUGGAGCCACUGUUGAAAACCCUUAAAGAUCUCAGUGGGUCUGAGACUUGUAUUAUAUGUUGUUAUGAACAGCGAACAAUGGGAAAAAAUCCAGAAAUCGAGAAAAAGUAUUUUGAGCUCCUUCAACUAGACUUUGACUUUGAAAAAAUUCCUUUGGAAAAACAUGAUGAAGAAUAUCGAAGUGAAGAUAUUCACAUUUUAUACAUCAGAAAGAAAAAAUCGAAAUUCCCAUCGUGAAAUCUUUAGUCAUCUUACCCAAGCCUCUAACAACAUGGGUAGCCUAGAAAACUGACCAUUAUCCUUCAACAAAAAGAAUGGCAUUGUUUGCUGUCCUUCC